GAGUUGACUGCGUUCUUUGCUGCAUCAUGGUGGCCAUUUCAGACCGAGAAGCACCGACGGCAUUGCGUCUUCUUCAAGGUGGUGUGGUUCUUGAAGUUCAGGUGAAGCAGGUGGCCUCCUCUGCUCCACAUUGCUCACGUUGAGCGCGAGAUCUUGGUACCAAGUGCUCCUCCGGCUUGCCUCAUUUGCUCACUUCGAACGGCAAGGCCGCUGGCGUUCCUGCACAUUGAACGAGCGGUGAACGUGUUGCUCGAAUCCAGAGGCUUCGUAAUCAGCCGCAGAUACAGGCAGAGCACCAUGGCCACGACCGCGUGUCAGUCAGUAGCCACAGCGUCUUUUGGCCUGCUGAAACCUAGGAGAAACAGCGCCCCCUCUGGCUCAUAUGGAGGGACCCUUUGGAGUCCAGCACCAGGGUUUCGCCCAAGUUCCCCAUGCCCAGGGUGCGCCGCUCAGCAGCUUACCACCACCUCCUUCCUCUCUCGUGACCUAUCAUCCCGCUUCCAAGUCCAAAGCGUGCGGGAGGUUCAGAGCACAGCCAGAAGUAACCAGCAAUUGGGGGUGGUGAUGGCAGAUUGGAACGCACAGGUUGACUGGAAAGAAGCCACCAUAACGGAUGCGAAGAAGGCGGGGGAUCUGCUCACCAGCUUGUGGGUUGACGUGCGAGAGAUUGAUGGCCUCACAGCAGGGUACACGAUUCCUGGCCAGUACAUCCAGAUGAAGGUGGGGGACAGCAAACCGGCUUAUAUUGCCCUCGCAUCAUCACCGAAAGAGUCACAAAGCGGGAUCCUAGAGGUCCUCAUCCGAGACAAUGGGGGAACUAGCGAGUUGCUCUCAAAUUUAUCGAAAGGAGACAAGCUGUUUGUCAGCGCGGUUGCGGGAAAGGGCUUCAACAUCGACCUGAUUGCGCCUCCCUCUGACUUUCCCACUGUGCUCAUCUUUGCCACCGGAAGUGGAAUCAGCCCAAUCAGAUCGCUCAUUGAGAACGGGUUUGAGGCUGACAAGCGAAAGGAUGUGCGGCUCUACUAUGGAGCGUUCCGGUCAAGCGCCAUGGCCUUCCAGGAGCGAUUCAAGAGCUGGGAGGAGUCGGGUGUGCGUGUGAUCCCCGUGUUCUCCGAGCCCCCUGGGAAGGACGGCUUCGUUGGCUUCGUCCAGGAGAAGUACCGGAAGGACCCGCCGAUCGCCGACCCAGCGACGACCGGCGCCGUGCUCGUUGGUCAGAAGGAGAUGUGUCAAGAACUGAUCGAGAUGCUCACGGAACAAGGGAUCGCACGGGAACGCAUCCUGAUGAACUUCUAGGAGCAGAGGCGCUGAGAUGCGGAAGCACUGCGUCAUUCCUGCUUUUGAGAACAGUACAAUACACUACUGGCAGUGUCUCUGGAACUGUCGCAUUUCGUCAGACAUUAUUGUCCCGUUCAUGCUGACAUUGGCAGCGACAAUUUGAUUUUCGGAUGCUAACGGAAGCUGGCUCAAAUCCGAUUGGAACACACAAGGCUGGACUCUUUCUUCACUUGUCUGUUGGGGUCAGAGGCCAUCCCUAGAACUCCACCUACACUUAUUUCUUUUGCAAGUAGCUUCUCUCUGGUAGUUGUGGACUGCACAUGAACAACUCACUCGUACAGUCAUCGUCUGACGGUUAGUGUCCCA